AUGAAUCCGGAAAACAGGGGUCGUUACGGAGACUGGCAUGGUCGAGCCAAGCCGGUAGGCAAGAUGAAGAAGCGACUACAGGAGGUCAAAUACCAGUCCUACAAACUCUCUGAAGUGGAUUUGAGCCACAAUGAAAGUGCCCGGCUUGCCACAGAUGCCCUGAUGGACAAAGGAUCUGCAGCUUUUCAUGAGGUGCUGGCUGCAGAAGGGGAAGUGGACUUCUUGUCUGCUAUGGAGAAGGAAUACAUACUGAGAAAUGUAAGGAUGCCUCAAUGGGAGAGCGAGAGUCAGGCUGAGGAGGAAAAGGGGAUAGGGGAGAUUGCUGCACCUUCAGUGAGGUCUGAUACUUACUUCCCCACUGCCUCUGAUAGCGACGCUCCAGUCCUGGAUUAUGGCUGGCCCAUGGCAGAUAAACAAUAUUACUUGAAGGGGAAACCCAACGCUGAGGUUCAUUUUCAGACAGACAGUUCAAGAAGCAUCAAAGAUAUUCUACGGGAGUACAUCAGCAAAGCCACCACGGUGCUGGCAAUAGUGAUGGAUGUUUUCAGCGACGUAGAAAUUUUCUGUGACUUGCUUGAAGCAACAAACAAACGCAAUGUCUCGGUUUACCUGCUGCUUGACCACAGGAACCUGCACCAUUUUACAGAGAUGUGUGAAAAGCUACAGAUCAACAGCUCCCAUCUUACAAAGGUGUCGAUUCGUACAGUGUCUGGAGAGGUCUAUUGUGCAAAGUCUGGAAGAAAAUUCUCGGGUCAGAUAAAAGAAAAGUUUGUCAUUAUUGAUUGCUCUUCUGUGCUGGCUGGUUCAUACAGUUUCAGUUGGCUGUCAGGGCAAGUGCACAGAAACCUUGUGGUCCUGUUUACUGGGUGCAUAGUGAAGCUUUUUGAUGUUGAGUUCCGUCAGCUCUAUGCCAUAUCCAAGCCUGUGACAGAUUUAUGCUAUGCUGCAUCUGAUUCGUGGAUAACAGAGACUGUCAGUCCAACAGGAACUCGGUUCACCAACCACCAGGACUUCAACCCUCAUUCGGAACCCUGCACCACACUCUCAGGUUACAGUGGACCAACAAUCAAAUCACAACCCCAAGGAGCUGUAGAAUGCAGAUUUCAGCACAUAAAGCUUCCAGUUACAUCAGGGCACCAACUCAACAAUUACAACUACAUGCCACCUCCCAGGGCACAGUGGGUGCCACAGAUGCAUCACUCUGUUAAUUCUAAAGCCCGCCAGAGGUCAUUCUUUAGUGAUUAUGGGAAAGGGGUACAACCCAUGUUUAACAAUGUCUUUGGGAUGUUACUAGGCCAACAAGAAGAACAAUUCCCAAGGUGGGGUUCUGGAAUUCGGUUCUUUAACAAACCAGAUCUCCUUCCAUGUUAACUUCAGCAAUUUACCAUUAAUACAGGGGUUCUCAAACUAGAGGCCACAAGAUGGUUUCCGGGGGCCUUAAUGUAUAUAAAAAUGUUCUCUCCUAAAUCACCCUGACAGAGCAAAGUUCCCUGACCAGGGGGUCAUUUCAUUUACACGAAAGCUGCUGUUAUGCGCUUGGGGGUUAUUUCAAAUGUGUCAAAUGUGACAUGUAUAUCAACAAUUGCUCAUGCUAAAAGUAUGCACCAUUCCAAAAGGGGGGGGGGGAUUUUAAGGAGAGAAGAAAAUAAUCAUCUACAUUAAUGCACUUUAUAAUUAGAACUUUUUUUAUUUUCAGUAACAAAUAUUUACUCAAGAUACUCCUGUAUUACUUUAAAGACACUGAUAAAUU